UACAAUGCCAAGCAUAUCGAGAUAUCCACCAGUUCUCACAAUCACAAGCAUCACUUUUAGUUUUUGCGCUUCACCGUCUUUCGUCCCGUCGGUGUAGUUCAUUGUGAGUCACCUCGAAAGGCCCCCGCGAUGGAAGCUUGUGUUUGAAGUUAGGGUCUAGCCGCUUCAACCGCUUCAGGUACCGGUGCCUCUACCUAUCAAGACACCCCACGUUGUUGCUCCCCUUGCUGGGCAGGGUCCAACCCCUUUGCAGCUCUCAACUCCAACGAAAAAUUCACCGUUGCAACUGACGCAGCAGACAGAAUUGCCGAAUGGCAUCAUGUUCUUGCUGCAGGGCUUGCUAGAUAGCAGCAUUGAAGCCUGAUGCGCUGUUGGGUACUGCGACAACUGGCCUUGAAGAUGGAUCUAUACUAUCCCAGUGCGGGGAAGCACAAGUCGAGGCUGGUCUCUCUCGCAACCUCACUGCGGCCGAGUCGGCGAUAGUUCGCGGGAUCGUGGGUCGGAUGAUGGUCUUCUGCGGCCGCUAUUCGCGGCGACCUGCAGAGAGACAUUGCACAUGCAAUAUCCAGACCGUUUCUCGCUGCAUUGGAUUUCACCCCACAAAUCGAACACCCUUUAUGACUCCCACACAUUCGACCACGGCGGCUAUCAGCAAAUCACCGACCCCUCAUAGAGGACCUUUGCCCUUUUUUUGUGUGGUUAGACACCAGUGGGACACCUCGGGGUAGGGUUCUGGUGUGGCAGACCCGUCAUCGAUCAUCAUGAUUGGAGGCUGAGCAGUUACACGGCAAGCGAAUAGGAGAACACCACCAACCUCUUGACCGGGAUAUGGCAAAGCACUCCCGCUGCUGUCACUCGGUACCUUUGUUCGCCUCGAGUUAAGCCCGUGACUAUCAUCUACCGAGACCUGCUCCCAAGGCCCACCGAGUGCCUGGGGCCGGGUUUCGGUGUUCCUUCUUAAGCUGGGCCAAGUCGGCCUGUGGCAAGUAUUUUUUUAUUUUUGCUCCUUUUGGUCUUUGCAUUGCGUCAAACUUCAAUCUAUACUGUAUCACACAUCUCACCCCUCGUCUCUCAUGGGACCUUAUCGUCACCAUGGGCUUCUUUACGCGCUCCAAGAAAGCGAAGGACACCCCAAAGCCUCCAUCUAAACAUCAGUCCAGUCGAGCCUCUGGUCAACGCCAAUUACCUCCCCCUCUUCCAUCAGCAACACCGGCCUCACCACACUUGCAACAUGGCCGGCCAUACCUUCCAUCAUCUCCUCAAUUCCAGCCCGCUGGCUUGCUCCCUCCACCUUCUGGCUGGGAACCUUAUCAGCUACCAUACCCAUCCCCUCCCAUCAUUGUGAAUCAACAUCACUAUUAUCUUGGCCCGCCACCGCCAUUACCACCUCGCGACGACCAUUCAUCCCGAUCUCAACCAAGUGGUAGUAAUCACAAGCUCAACCUCGACUCGGCUGUCGAUUUAGCAAAGAACCUCUGCCAAGAGGCUGGGAUCACCAAGAUGUUUGACAGCGCUCUUUCACAAUCUCCAUUAUCUAGCUACGGGGCUGAGCUGGUUGAUCAGAGCAAUGCCCUCUUGAACCAAGUUUCCAACCAGUUUAAUGAUGUCUUGACCAUGAUUGAUCGAGACCAUUACUCGAGCCACGAAAAGGAGAUUCUCGCUUGGCAGCCACAGCAACCACCUCAAUCGCAGGAGCUUGUACGGGUUUCAGACUCCUCGCUGAGCGAGAAGAGCAUGCACAAACCACCCAAAAGAAGUCACAAAAGGGAUCACCCCAAGGGACAGACAACAGCGGCAGCAACAGUUGUCUCGGGAAGCAUUUUCUCCAAGGUGGAACUGUAUGCGAACUCGAGGCUGCCUAUGAACCUGCAGCCUCUCAAGUUAUACAUUCCCACCUACCCCUUACUAUGCUUGGCAGCACAGUACUCUGAACGUGUCUACGACAAGCCUGAGGGCGCCGAGAGCGAUGCCCACGUCGAUGCAGAUUGGCGAGCUGGUACAAAAGCCAUGGUCAUCAAGUCAAUGCCGAUGGAUUACAUGAACACAAUUGUCUUUUCCAUUCGUGGUACGGCAACGUUUAUGGAUUGGACGGUCAAUCUUAAGACCGAUCCAGCGUCUCCAUCUGGCUUUUUGGAUGACCCUGACAACCUUUGCCACUCCGGCUUCCUUUCGGUCGCUCGCAAGAUGGUGAUUCCUGUCGCCCGUCGCCUCCGGCAGCUGCUUGAGGAGGACCCAAACCGUGCUUCUUACUCGCUCUUGAUCACGGGUCACAGCGCAGGAGGAGCUGUCGCUUCCCUCCUCUACAUGCACAUGUUGUCCACUUCCAAGGCGGCAGAGAGCGAGUUGAACAUCGUCGCCGGGUUCUUCAAACGCAUUCACUGCAUCACCUUUGGGACACCGCCGAUCAGCCUUCGACCGCUCACCAAGCCCGAGGACUACGAGCGUCGCCCUCAGCUCAGAAAGAGCUUGUUUCUCAGCUUUAUCAACGAAGGUGACCCGGUGGCGAGAGCAGACACGGCCUAUGUCAAGAGUUUAUUGGAGCUUUUCGUUGCCCCUGCGCCGCCUGCCAUCAUCAGCUCUCGAGAUGCUGCGAAUAAGAAGGUCCGCACGAAAGAGAAGGCUCUCAGCAAGAGCUCGAAAUCCUCUUCUGGUCCGAUCUGGAAGGUGCCGCCCAACAGACUGAGCAAUGCCGGUCGAAUUGUGGUGUUGAGGUCCGGGGAUCCAAAAGCCAGGUCAAAGGGAAAGAAAAAGACAGUAGAGGAGCGCCUGAACGAGGGUGUGGUUGCUCAAAUCACGUCUGAUGAGCAACUACAGGGUGUAAUCUGGGGUGAUCCUGUCGCUCACGUCAUGAGACUGUAUGCUGGCAGGAUCGAGACGCUUGCUGUCGGUGCUGUCACCGGGCGAGGAUACUGA